AAUUCAAAACAAGCUUCGCUUCUAGCGUCUAUCUGGAUAUCGUCAAUGGGUUAAAAUAAACAAUAAAAUGGUGACCAAAGUGGAGCAGCAGUAUAAGCUGCUAAACGCGGAACUAAUGGAGCAGGUGCAGAAGCAGCGCUUGGAGUUAGGCGAGUACAGGAAGCGGCUGGUGGCGCUGGAGCGAGAGAACAUGGAACUGCGGGAGGAACAAGUCUUGCAGAAUGAUCGCCAGCGAUUUGAGAACAUCAGCAUCGUAAUGGACCUGAUGCAGCGCCUAAAUGUCGACAAGGACAGCGUAACGACGCGGCAGGAGCCGCCUAAUGUGCAUACCAGACCAAGUGGCCCGCGUCGCAGCUCCAAGGACAUCUGUAGGGACAUGCGGAAGACCAUAUCCUUGGCCCGCACCACCACAACCAUUUCGCCUACGAGAACCAGUUCGAUUGCCAGUACAAUAUCGUCAUCAAGUCGUCGUUCCACUGCAGAGGUGUAUUCUAAAGUGGAGCCCUCUAAGGCACCAGAAGCCAAAAAGCAUACACCUCCGCCUCGAAGACCAAUGGAACUUAUGUUCGACGAGGACGAAUCUGACGAAGAUGUCAGCGAAGUACAAAGCCCAGUGCACAAGGAAUGUGACAAGAAGAAGGAGGCAGAGACUGACGGUAACCAGGAGAACGAUCGCCUAUGCAGCAUCAUAGAGGAAAACUUCAGCGAUGAGGCAUCGGAAUCAUCUUCAUCCUGCGAAGCCAUCUAUUGUGACACUACUAUAGAAGGUAGUCCGCCAAAGGGCCGAACCACCACCACUCCCAGUGACCGAGCUCUCCGGGAAGUACACACAAAUGUGCCGGAUGCGGUGACAUUGAGUAGGGGAAAAGAGUCGAUAAAAUCUAGGACUUGCACUUCCCGCGAUGAAGGGGAUUCCGUGCAGGAGCCGAGUAUACAGCAGGCUAGACUAGCUGUUCCCAGGCCCAGUCACUUGUCCGGAAUUUUUCCAGAUAUCAGCGGAUCCACGCCGCGACGAAGCCUGUUCAAUGGCAUUUGCGAAGUGGCGGGCAGCACCAGCACGCCGAAAUCCUUCCUCAUUGAGGAACUGCCUUCUAUUAGAAUUCGAAACAGAACUACGGCACAAACAAUAUCGGAUGAUACUAAUACGUCUACCACAUAUUUCAGCACUAGCGGACGACCUAGUCGACGCUGCCGGCCCAUUAGUUUAGCGGAGCCCAACCUAAAGAUCAAGAUGAGAAACGAAAAGGGAAAGGCCAAAAAGUAGAUGAAACUACCUUUGCACUUUUUAUUUAUUCUAAUGUUAUACAAGUUUUUUAAUUAAACUCCAUUUCAUACAAUUAUAA